GGGUGCUAUGCAGUGAAAACCUCCUUCCCAGAUAUGAGAACGAGAUUCAUUUUGGACUGUGUACAAAUGGCGGACGAUGGCAGAAGAAGCAGCAAAGAGGGAGAUUGAUGUAAGCGAGGAAGUUGAAGAUGUGGAACAAGGAGAGGAGCCAGGAGCAGGGAAACUGGACACUACCCUUUUUGCAGCGGAGUCUUUUGAAGACCUCAGCAAUGACAUCAGUUUGAAAAAUAUUGAUGAAGAAUUUUUAGUUAGAAGGAAAUCCACCUCGGAUUCUUAUGACAAUGAUGUGUCUGCAAAUGAACCAGAAGAAAGAGAAGAUGUGUUUGAGCUUCCUGUUAGCAGCAGUCCAACAAAAGACCAUCGAACAGGCUCCACAGAAGUAGACAUAGAUGAAGUGAGAAAGCAAAGGGCAGAAACAGUUUUGGAAGCUGAAAGAGAUUCAACCUCAGAAGAUGCAAGCGAACCUGGCUGGGUACUCCAUAAGAAACAUGUUUUCAUUCUGAGUGAGGCAGGAAAACCUAUCUACACAAGGUAUGGAAAUGAAGAGAAGCUCGUAACAAUGAUGGGGGUGAUGCAAGCCAUUGUUUCGUUUGUACAGGAUAAUGAUGACAAUAUUCGGGUUAUUUGCGCUGGAAAGCACAAGUUCGUUUUCGUUGUUCGUGGCCCGCUAAUACUAGUGGCUGUUUGCUAUGGCAACGAUUCGCCAUCACAGCUUCUCGUUCAACUGAAUUACGUCUACCACCAAAUUCUCAGUGUCUUAACACACAGUCAGCUGUGCAGGGUUUUUGAACAGAGACGAAAUUACGAUUUACGGAAAUUACUGGCAGGAACAGAAAAGUUCAUUGACAAUUUGAUGAAUCUGAUGAGCACAGACCCGAGCUUUCUUCUUGGAGCGGUUCGAUGUUUAUCUUUACCCGGUUCAGUGCGAGAUAUCAUAGGACAAACAUUGCAGCAAGCGAGAGCCAAGGACCUGAUAUUUGCUAUAGUUGUGGCCCAUAACCAACUAGUGACUAUGGUCAGACCGAAGAAAUUCAUCUUGCACCCCUCAGAUCUCCAUUUGAUAUUCAACCUUGUAAGUGCAUCAACAGCCUUUCGGACUGCAGAGUCGUGGACUCCAAUCUGUCUGCCCAAGUUCGAUAACACCGGAUAUCUUCAUGCUUAUGUUUCUUACUUCGAUGACAAUUGCCCUGCCUGUCUGUUGCUGUUGUCAAUUGACAGAAACUCGUUUUUCGAAUUAUCAGAGUGCAAGGAAAAGAUUAAAGAGCGACUUGAACGGCACAAGUGCUUGGAAGCCAUUACAAAAGCAAACAGGAAGAAAAGUUACACUAUAGAUCAGACAGGCAUUCCUGAUCUCUGGCAUUUCAUGUACAAGUCAAGGAGCACUGCGCAGUUUACAUCACCCGAAAUAGGGGCGCCUUAUGUAACAACUGAGGAGCGGGAAAGACUUUUCGAAGAAUACUUGUAUCUGCAUAAACGAAUUCAUUCUUCUCUCCGCCCUCUGAAAAUGCUGUGUCACGUUGGCCACAAAGAAAUGCUUAUUGGCUGGGUAACAUCCGGAUUUGAACUGUACACUGCGUUCAGCCCAUUGUCCAGCAAAGUUACCGCAAUGAAUGCGGUCAAUAAAUUGUUGCGCUGGAUUAAGAAAGAAGAGGACCGAUUAUUCAUUAUAAAUUCAUAUACAUUUUGAAUUUGUAAUGUUACCCUAGAUUAUUUGUAAAUAUUCAAAUUGAAACUAUUUGGUGGUAAUUUUUCAGUUUUGUAAUUAACAUCAGUUAUACCAACUCUUGGAUGUGUUUUUCUUUUUCU